UAAGAACAACGUUCUAUUCUCGUCUUAUUACUUCUCCCACAUUUUGCUCAAAGUGCGGUUCCGGCGCGGAUGCUCUUGCACUAUUUCAUCAUUACGACUACAUUGUUCAGCUGAUCAAACGGAGCUCUUCGAAUAUGAAAACUUCUUUUGUCAAGUGCUUGCUGGCCUCUUCGAGCCUUGUUGGCGUUGGGGCGUUGGCUUCAUCAGACAUCACAGUACGGACGUACAAUGCCCCAGGCUUUUCAGAGGCAGACACCCACGAGGCCAUUCGUAGAGACCUUGAAGCAGCAAGACUUGUACCGAGGGAAGAGUUAAAAGGCAAUGUCACAUUAGACAGAAGCUGGGAUGGAGCAGUACUUCUUAAGCUAGGUACAUCACAAAGCAUCGACACGAAAAGCAAUCAAAACUCUUCUUCUGCGACAGCUGAACAGACUGUUGACAUUAUCUGCAACACUUGCUACAUCAAAGGUCGUGCAACAGCCCAGCUCGAGAUUCCCGAUGAUUUCAAUGCUACGACAGCUCUCAACAACACUGUGUCGGCGGUGAAGACCAAGGUCGACAAUUUCACCGAGACAAUUGAAGAAUAUUUUGAUGACUACUUCAAAAGCCUUCCUGGUAAGUUCGAUGAUGGUAUCGAUCUUGCCGACUUCGAGUUUCCGCAGCUGAAUUACUCCUUUGCGCUGGAUGUUCCUUCCAUCCCUGAAGUGAACCUUGCAUUCGGUUUCGAUGGACUUGAACUAUAUCUCCAAACCAGCACCAUAUUGGGUGGGGCACUCUCAUAUGAGCUCAACAUCUUCACCAGUCAAACGCCACUCGGCAUUGGUAUCGGCAAAGACUCCCAGCUUGGUGUGACAUUCAAGGUCGAUCUACUGCUCAGCUCCAAGGGUGCUAUUGAUAUCGGUAGUGGGUUGCACAUCAAGCUGGAUGAUGGUGUCAAGCUCACUCUCGCCCUCUUCAGUGACAAAGUGUCGGAUUUAAUUCUUAACGGUGCUCAGUUCGAAUUCCUUCCCGUAACUGUGCAGUCCGCAAACGUUGUUCUGACAGCCAAGCUCCGCAUCGGCAUCCACGCCGGUAUUGCCGUGAAAGUCCCCUCGACGCCUCCAGUCACCGUCUUCAACACCACAAUCGGGUUUCCUGAGCUGAAGGGUGGCAUAGAAGCAGCAGUCUACGCAACCCUCGCCGAGUUCAACACAAACAUCACUGCCACUCCAUCCGACAAAGACUGCAAACUUCAUGCCGUACAGGACUAUCAGCUAGCAAUUGGCGGUAUCGUAGGCGCCAGCGUUGCCCUAGGCGAUGAGACCUGGGGUCCGGUCGCAGAAACAAGCACGCCGCUCUUCAGCACUGAGCUCGCCAGCAUCUGCGCCUUCGAGCCCAAAACCACGCCCGCCGACGCCGCACCAUCCCCUACCAAAGCCAAUAAACGACAGCAACCAGAUAUGACGACCACGACCACCGAAACCGAGAUCACACAUACGGGUGUGCAGUGCGCGACUUCAGCUGCUGCGUCCCUCGCGGGUGACUGCCCGAUGUCACUACAACAGACGACGCAGUCCACUGAAACUCGUACACUCACUGCUUCUGCUCCGGCAGGCGAAACACCUACUUUUGCUUCUAGUGUUCGGGAUACGGUUACCAGCACGGCCACGUUCGGGAAAAACGCGUUCACUAUCAACAAGAUGUCGGGAAGUCCUACCAGCUACGUCCCACCGCCACCAUCGGACACUGCGAGUAUUAAGAACAAGUUAGACCAGGAGCUGGGUGGUGUGCCGCUCAAGACUAUUCUUGGGGUCAGUCUGGGGGUUGGAAUUCCAGUACUUGCGCUGCUUGUAGCGGGCGGAGUUUUUCUUCACAAGAAGCGACAAAGGAAAUACAACAGCGUACCUUUCCACGAUGCGCACAACGCCAGAUUCGCUGCUGGUGCACACUCGGGAGGCUAUGAUGACUACCGUUCAGGAGCGAAGAAGGGUGCUGGUGUUUCUGUGUCAGAGGUCAGGUGA